AUACGAAUAUAACGUUUGUGAAUUAUAUUAUCAUGGCAAAUAGUAAGUUUUCAUCCUUUAAUGUUUCACUCUUUCGAAGUUACUCAAGGGGUCGUCAUUGUCUUAGGUAAAUAGUCAUUUCGACUUUUCGUCUCGAAUUUGAAUGUAUUUUAGGAUAAUGAGCCUAACUAUUCCUGAGUCUCAAUAUGUCAUGCCGUCAGCAGACUGCAGUAUUGGCGAGUACGUUCUUGUCUGGAACGAAUCCACUUUCCUGUACGUUUUUGGGCUCGUGAUAAUUACCUUUCCAUCAAUGGUCCUAUUCCAGAGUCUAUAUAUAUCAAAUUGUGGCAAGAAAUCUCACAUUCUCACAUUAUGGAAGUAACUUCUCGAGCUCUUCCUAAUACCAUAAGAUUCGUUGGUCUACUUGGUAGUCAUGCUUUAGGUAGCAAUCCAAAGUUCAUGGCUACAUCGGUUGAUCUAGGACGAGAAUUGGUAAGGCGAAAAAUCAGGCUUACCUACGGAGGAGGCAAUGUUGGCCUUCAAGGAGCUGUAGCUUCAACAGUCUAUAACAAUGGUGGUAGAGUCGGAGGUUUCAUACCAGGGUAUAUAGCGACACAAGGGGUCUAUGGACCAACAUAUGGUGCAGAGUACACCGUCUCUAGCAAUUACUAUAAGUAUUUCGAGAUGAAUCAUAUUGUGGAAGCCUUCAUUGUACUUCCUGGAGGAAUUGACACUAUGGAAGGUUUAUUCACUUUGAUCUCAUGGGCAUCCGAAGGGUUACACAGUAAACCCAUUGGUCUUUUGAACAUUGACGGUUAUUUCAAUAACCUAAUCAAGUUUCUAGAUGAUGCGGUGAGGCAGAACUUCAUUGCUUUGAAUCAGAGGAAACUGUUUAUUUCUUCUUUCUUUGUUGAUGAGCUUUUGGAAAAGCUAGAGUUUGCUAAUGCUUUCCCAGGUGCUAGUUAUGAUGAGUUUGCGAAUCCUGGAAGAUUAGACUUAGAGUUGCAUCUGUAAUAUUUCUUAGUUGAAAUAAUAUUGUCUAUGUACAUUAUGUUUCCUUUCUUCAUCUUUUGAUGUCGACUAUGAUUGUUGAAAAUAUUCUAAAGCAAUUUAUACUUUAUUGCAAUCGGGUCUAUGAAGAUAUUAACAACUCAAGAAGUAAACUUUCAAUGAGUUAAGCAUAUGUGUUAUGCUAUUGUAACUUACUUGUUGAUUACCUUCCCGGGGCAGAGAUGUCGCGGAGGAUGCGGAUGCAGGACUUGAAAAUAUUACUGACUCAAUUAUCCAAAAAUCGUUUUGCUCUGAUACCAAAAUGUAACACCCCAAUCCGUAUAACCCGGAAUUAUACGAAUUAAGGUGAAACGAGAGUUAAAUAAAAAUUUCGCUUGACAUUUGACAAUGACAAUUUAUUAUAAAUAUUAAAUUUACAGACUCUGGAUCGCGACCCAUUUAAAAAUAUUUUCAGAGUAAUGCGGAAGUACAAUAAUAAUCAAAUCAUGACAUAUUU